AUGAGGAUCGCCAUCCGCGAGCAGCUCGCACUCCUCGUCCUCCUCGCCGUUCUCGCCGCGCUUGCCGUUGUGUCGAUACCAACGUGGAUCUAUGUCAACGGCCACAUCGCGACCAACCUCAAGGAUGGCCUCACCCUGACAGCGUCCCUCAAAGCGGCCCGCAUCACGUCCCAGAUCGAGCUCAUCCGGACAGCGUGCUAUACCAUUGCUUCCAGGCUGCUGUUGCAGGAGGCUCUGCAGCGCUACUACCAGGAGAACGAAUUUGAUUUUUACCAGGCCAAGAUCGACAUUACAAGCGCACUCGCCGUCGGAUCCUCGACUGGCCUUCUCCAAGCAAGGAUAUACUCGCGGAACGGGACCGAUCCCCAGAUCCUCGUCAAUGCGACAGCCUCGAACCCACGAACCGUCCAACUGCCAUACUCGGCUUCGAAUGGAGACCCCGUGUUUCUCGGCGACACGGACAACGGCUAUCCUCCCUCGCUCUAUCCCAACAUCACAUACGUGGAUCUGGGGCGCCCCAACAGGCGUCGGCCCGCCGAGCGAGCCGUAGCCGCGGAAGCUUUCCCUGGCGUGAGGAUCUACCAAGAUGACGGGCUACUCCUCGGCCCUCUUAUGCUCAACGAGACCUUUGCACUCAUGUCAUUGUCCGUGCCAAUCCGGGACAACAGCGACGACUUCAUUCUCGGGUAUAUGACAGUCAUUGCCGAGGGCCACUCGCUCAUACACGCCCGCGACUCGCCGGAAGGUCUGGGCAACACGGGCCUCGCCCUCAUCCUCGGCCCCACGACGCCAUGGAACCGCUUUCCGCUGAAGCUGCCCCCCGCCAGCAACAGCAGCUACCAGCCUGAUCAGCAGGAAUUUGGCGAUCUCAUGAUGCACUUUGUUUUACCCCCGAACCAGAACAAAUAUGGUCUGGGUCGACACAAGGAGCACGUCUUCGACGCAGGCACGGCCGGCGAUGAUUUUCUAGUCGAGUCGUAUCCGGCGGCCGUCAGAGCUUGGACGGAGCACAAUCCCAGUGUAAACAAUGCCAGCGCGAUGCUCAAGACGCACAACGAACAGAAUGUGGGCGUCUCAGUGGGCUAUGCUCUCACGCAAACACCGCUUGUGAAUUGGACCGUUAUCGUGGAGCUGUCUCAAGAUGAAGCAUACCAGCCCAUCCACACGCUUCGCAACAUUCUCCUCGGUACUGUAUUCGGGACGGCCGGGUUCUUGGCUCUCCUUGUCUUCCCUUGUGCCCAUUUCAGUGUCAUGCCUAUUCGAAAGCUCAAGGCUGCCACUGAGCGCUCCAUCAACCCUCCCGGAUACGACGACGCAUGCUCGGACACGUCCGACUACGAGGCCGAGUCACCCAAUGGUGGCUCGGGGAACCUGUCCCACAGGUCCAAAAAGGGGUUCAUGACGACCAUAUCGCGCUUGAUGCGAGGGCAGACGACGAGAGUAGCUGGCGACAGGGAUGCGGCACGACGCAUGUUCAAGAUCCCUGGCAAGGUCGACGAAGGAAAGCACGUGGUGACCGAUGAACUGACCGAGCUCACGAGGACCUUCAACGAUAUGAGCGACGAGCUGGUGAAGCAGUAUGUCUCCUUGGACGAGAAGGUCGCGGAGCGCACCCGACAGCUCAGCGAGAGCAAAAAGGCCGCGGAAGCCGCUAAUGAGAGCAAGACGCUCUUUAUUGCCAACAUUUCGCACGAGCUCAAGACGCCCCUCAACGCCAUACUGGGACUGUGCGCUGUCUCCAUGGAGGAGGAGGACAUGCUCAAGAUUCGACAUUCGCUCAAGGUGGUCUAUGAGUCGGGAGAUUUGCUGCUACACUUACUGGAGGAUCUUCUGAGUUUUUCCAAGAACCAAAUUGGCCACCAAAUCGUCAUGGAGCCGAAAGAGUUUCAACUGGCUGACAUUCGGUCACAGAUUGUGACCAUCUUCGACAAGCAAGUCCGGGAAGGCAGCAUCGACUUUGCGGUCAACUUCAGGGGUUCGGCGGAUAUGCCCGAUCCCGAUGAUUCAGAGGUGGACGUUGCCGUCGGGAUCAACCCGUUCAAAACCCAGAAGCUCGAGUCGUUGUGGCUCUGGGGUGACCAGCACCGCAUCCUACAGGUCCUUAUCAAUCUGGUGAGCAACAGCCUCAAAUUCACACCGGCGAAUGGCAAGGUGGAGGUCAGGAUCAGAUGCCUUGGCGAGGAGCUGCAAAAAGAUACACACAGUCGGGGUUCGUCGCGCUCAAACUCGAGGAGCGGCGCGCGCAAGAGGGUCUCGGGAAGCGUCCAGUCCGUCAGCUCCGGCGGUCAUGGCUCGACGAGCUCGGCAGCCGGGCACACGGCGCUCGCUAUCAACCCCAUGGAACCAAGGACAACACCCGCAAUGCAGGUCGCGGACAGUAUACAUUCGUUACCCUUCCAGAACGCCAAGGCGUACAUAUUCGAGUUUGAAGUCCAGGACACCGGGCCGGGUAUUCCUCAAAGUCUGCAGGAUAGGGUCUUUGAGCCGUUUGUGCAAGGGGAUCCGGGUCUGAGCAAGAAAUACGGCGGCACAGGUCUCGGACUAAGCAUCUGUCAUCAGCUGGCUGUUUUGAUGGGGGGCAACAUCACGUUGAAAAGCACCGAAGGCGUUGGCAGCACGUUCACUAUGCACAUUCCGCUGAAGCAUGCAAGAACUAGGACCGCCAGCUCCGCCUCCAGUGCCCACAAAUCAAACGUGGAACACGUGGAAGCAGAGCCGCCUUGCCCCCCUGGUGUCACGAACGGCACUCGGGCUUCGUCGCCAGACGCGGCAGAUGAGAAGCCGAGCCCUCUGCACUCACAGCCGCGCCUUGUGGGCCUCCGUCAGCCGUAUUUCUCCUCGUCUGUAGAGAGCCACGGCGGAAACAAGAUUGUCAAUCCCAUUGCAGCUGCUAAAACCGGCAAGGUGAUGCCCAGUCUGAUCCGCAGCCCGUCUGGCCGGAAACUACGCGUGUUAGUUGCGGAUGACAACAAGACCAACAUUGAGGUUGUGAGCCGUAUGCUCAAUCUCGAGGAUGUCUCGGACGUGACGAUUGCCAAGGACGGCCAGGAGGCAUUUGACCUGGUCAAGGGCACAAUGGAGAAGAACCAGCCCUUCGAUGUCAUCUUUAUGGACGUGCAGAUGCCCAACGUCGAUGGCCUGCAGUCGACCCGUCUCAUCCGCGGCAUGGGCUACAAGUCCCCCAUUGUCGCCCUGACGGCCUUCUCCGAGGAGUCCAACAUGAAGGACUGCAUCGCCUCGGGCAUGGACGAGUUCCUGUCCAAACCUAUCCGGCGGCCCGCACUGAAACAGGUCCUCAAACGGUUCGCCACCAUCCCCGAGGAGCCGGAGCACCCGAGCCCGCAAGACGAGAUCGAUGAGAAGACGGCCCUCCGAGGGAGUGAGCAACCGCCCCCGACGACGGCCUGA